GCCCCGCCGCACGAAGCCACAAGAUGGCGGCGGGCGGCGUCACAUGGCGGCGGCCCUCAGCGCGCCUGCGCAGCGCCUCCCCGGGAGGGAGGCGGCAAGAUGGCGGAAGCGGAGUGAGCGGCUGGGCCGAGUCCCGCCAGGCUGGACGAACGCUGCACAGCUAUGGAGAAUGAACCCAACACAACGACGUGUUCUGCAUCUACAACUACUAGCACCACCACUUCCACGUCCCGGACCCCGCUACCGCAGAUAUCUGUCUACAGUGGCUCUGACAGGCAUGCCGUCCAGGUUAUUCAGCAGGCCUUGCACCGUCCUCCUAGCUCAGCUGCUCAGUACCUCCAGCAGAUGUAUGCAGCCCAACAGCAGCAUCUAAUGCUGCAGACUGCUGCUUUGCAGCAGCAGCACUUAAGCAGUACCCAAUUUCAGAGUCUGGCAACUGUACCACAGGCAAGCCUGUCAGGUGGGAGGCAAUGUACUUCCCCCACUGGGAGUGUCACUCAGCAGUCAAGCAUGUCGCAGACCUCGAUUAACCUCUCCACCUCUCCUACACCUGCACAGAUAAUAAGCCGUUCACAGACCUCCAACACCACCAGCAGCAGUAUUACCCAACAGACUAUGUUGCUGGGGAGCACCUCGCCAACCCUGAGUGCAAGCCAGGCUCAAAUGUAUCUACGAGCUCAAAUGCUAAUUUUUACUCCUGCUACCACUGUGGCUGCUGUCCAGUCUGACAUUCCUGUUGUCUCAUCAUCUUCCUCAUCUUCCUGUCAGUCUGCAGCUACUCAGGUUCAAAACUUGACAUUGCGCAGUCAGAAGUUGGGUGUGUUGUCAAGUUCGCAGAACGGCCCACCAAAGAGCAGCAGCCAGACUCAGUCGUUGUCUCUGUGUGCUAAUAAACCUGUAACCAGUACCAAGGGCAGCCAACCAGAUCCUUCAGAAAGCAAUAGAAAAGGUGAUAGCCCAACUCCAGAGUGUCGGAGUACGCCGGUCACACGGACUUCGAGCAUACAUCAGUUAAUAACGCCAGCUUCAUAUUCUCCAUUGCAACCUCAUUCUCUAGUAAAACAUCAGCAGAUCCCACUUCAUUCACCACCUCCAAAGAUUUCGCAUCAUCAGCUGAUACUGCAACAGCAGCAGCAAGUCCAGCCGAUUGCACUUCAGACUCCUUCUGGUCAGGAGCCCCCUCCGUCACAGCACUGUCUGCCACUCCCAAGCCACGGUCUUCCUCCAGGUCCCAGCAGCGUCCAGUCUCAUUGCUCACCUAUUCACAUCCAUCCUCCACCUCUGACGUUAUCUCCCACUCCAUCCCAGUCAGCUCAGCAGUCAGUAGUGGUCUCCCCUCCGCCUUCUCACUCCCCUAGCCAGUCGCCCACAAUAAUUAUUCAUCCUCAAGCACUUAUCCAGUCACAGGCAAACUCCCUCGUGCCAACAGCUCUUCAGCCUGAGCAGGGUACUCCUCAGCAAACUGCUGCCAACCCAGUUCGGCCAAUUGCACAGCCACUUAAUCUUCCGCCGCAUCUUCCACUUCCACCCUCCCCUGCUGUCCAUAUAGGAUCAGUAGAUCAGCCCAGCUUGGUUUCCCCGGGCCAACAGAUAGUGUCCUCCACACCACACCAGCAAUAUCCAGCCUUGCAGUCCACACCUAUCCCUCUUGCAGCUCCUCCACAGCUGUCAACAUCUUCAACCCAGAUUCAACAACUGCCACUGCAGUCUGUGCAGUCGUUACAAGUGCAGCCUGAAAUUCUAUCCCAGGGCCAGGUUUUGGUUCAAAACACUUUGGUUUCUGAGGAAGAACUUCCUGCUGCAGAAGCUUUGGUCCAGCUGCCAUUUCAAACUCUUCCACCACCUCAGACUGUUGCAGUAAACCUUCAAGUGCAGCCGUCAGUACCAAUUGAAACUCCGGUGAUUUACCAGGUGGAGAAUGUAUGUGAAGAAGAGAUGCCUGAGGAAUCUGAUUGUGUCAAUAUGGUUAGGACACCGACACCGCCGACUUUGUCCCCACCAGCCAUAACCUUGGGGAAUGGAGAGGCGCUUAAUUCAGAUGAGCCUUUGUCAGACCAUGUGGGAAUACCUUCAGUGACAUCAUCAGUCAGUGCCUCAGUAAUUAAAUCUCCAUCUGAUCCUUCGCAUGCUUCUAUUCCACCACCACCUCUUUUGCUUCCAGCAGCAACAACAAGGAGCAACAGCACAUCAAUGCCCAAUAGCAUUCCUAGUCUAGAAAAUAAACCUCCACAGGCCAUCGUUAAACCACAAAUCCUGACCCAUGUUAUUGAAGGCUUUGUGAUUCAGGAGGGGUUGGAGCCAUUCCCUGUAAGUCGUUCAUCUUUGCUGGUAGAACAGCCCGCAGAAAAAAGAUUGCUAGUGGAGGGUCAAAUCAUGAGUGUUAUGUGUGUUGAAUCAGACUUGCAGAAUACAAAACAUGCAGACAACUCAUCGGACACAGAGAUAGAGGAUAUGAUUGCAGAAGAGGGACUGGAUGAAAUUGAAAAUGAUCUUCUGAAGUGUGAAUUUUGUGGGAAAAUGGGAUAUUCUAACAAGUUUCUGCGGUCAAAACGAUUCUGCUCUACAUCCUGUGCCAAAAGGCACAGCCUUAGUUGCACUAAGAAAUUUGGGCUGUUUACAUCAGACAAGACCAAUCGUUGGAAUCGGAAAUCAGAUAGCCAAAGUCUUGGGCGACGCGGGCGUCGACCGAGUGGCCCUGAUGGGGCGUCACGAGAUCAUUUUCUUAGACAGCUUCCAGUUACUUACCCAUCUGCAGAAGAAGAUCUGGCUUCUCACGAAGACACUGUUCCAGCUGCCAUGACCACGCGUCUGCGAAGACAGAGUGAAAGAGAGAGAGAGCGUGAACUUAGGGAACUAAGAAUUAGGAAAAUGCCAGAGAGCAUUGAUUUGUUACCAGUGGUGCAAGCAGACCCAUCAGUAUGGACUGUUGACGAAGUUUGGGCUUUUAUACGUUCCUUGCCUGGUUGUCAAGAUAUUGCAGAUGAAUUUAGAGCACAAGAAAUUGAUGGACAAGCUCUCCUCUUGUUGAAGGAGGAUCACCUUAUGAGUGCAAUGAAUAUAAAGCUUGGACCCGCAUUAAAAAUCUGUGCACGUAUCAAUUCAUUGAAAGAAUCGUAGGGCAUGAACAUGAAGGUUUAAACAACAGUUUCUCUGUGACAAAACCAGCAGUAAUAUGCCAACAUCUUCACCAUGGCAUGAGUGUUACUGUGAUGUUUUGUUAAGUAUAUGGAGUUUUUCCCACACAGACUUAAAAGUAUUCCUCUGAUUAUACCAUGUAGUCCUCUGUAGUUUCCAGCAAUUUAAAAGUUCAUGGUAAAGCCUGAAUAAUACUUUGACUUAAAGUGGGAGCUCAUGGAUAAACAUGAAGUGAAAUAUGCUGUGAUAGUUUAAAUAUUCCCCAAUAUGUACUUUAUCUUGUAAUUUUAAGAUUAACACCCCACCCCACCCCCCCCAGUCUGAACACCAUUUAGAUUGUGUUACUGUAUUCUGAAAGAUGACUUUUCCCACAUACAGCAGUUUUUGGACUGAAAUAACAGAAGUGUCCACAGGCCCUGUGGAAGCACUGAAAACAGUAAAAUGCUAUGCAUUUAGUUGUGCUCUCUGAGUUUCUUUUAGUCUGGAGCAAAUUGUUUGUAUGGGGUAGGUUGGCAGCCUGUUUUCCUUGUGUAGGCUUACUCUCAUCUCUGCUGCUGUAGUAUAUUCUUUAACUCUGGAAGUACUUUAAGCCAUGUAGGCAUCUCAUCAAAGUCCUCGUUGUCAGGCUACUGAAAUGCAAUGGCAUGACAUUUUUGCCAGUGGUAACUGAAGCACAUAAGUUACUUUACUCUUUGUAUGCUGCUAUGCACUAAGAGGGCAUUAAGUUGUUAGGUUUCCAGUUUUGCGUGCUGCUAGUUAAACUAGACCAGCAGUUCUCAAAUGAGGAUUCAGAAUGGAUCCUGAGAAAGUGUGAGCACAUUCAGGGUUCAGGAUCCCAAAUGCCUAGGCGUGAGGGGUUGAAAACUGCAGCCAGAACAAGCUCAUGUUGAGAGAAGUGUACCCUAAAGACUGGAGGUAAAGAGAAGGGGUAGCAUAGCUCAGACCCUCUUUUUCCUCUUACCACUUCCUUUUCUAACUUGUCUUUCCCUGUAGUGCAUUCCCAUUGCCUCACUGGAAGCUUCCGAGAACCGUAUUUUGUCCGCUGGCUAGUGUGAGCUGGGCUUGCAGUAGUCCGAGGAAGGAGCCCGGUGAGGUCCCUGCAGAGCUCGGUGCAGGAGCAGCUGCCACAGCAGUGGAAGGAGCCUGGAGCUGUAGGUGAGCAGGAGGAGCGCCCCUGCUAGGCAGCUCUGGCAGAAAUCUCUAGGGGCCCUGCUUUGUGCCUCUGGCAGGAGAUCUUGGCUCGGAUGCUGCAGACUCAGGCAGUGGGAUUAGAGUUUCCCUCGGUGGUCACUCUUUCAUGCUCUGUGCAGAACAAAUGUGUUUCCCCACUUACUGACACCCUCAGAAGCUACCUGGGCUCUGAGGCAGCAGCACCUUCUCGAUCUUUGCUUCCCCAUCAUGUGUUUGGACGUUCGUGGAUGUAUUUUGUACCUUCUGUUCCUUCCCUUUUGCAGCUCCUCUCCCCUUAUGGACAGGCCUAGAUUUCUAAGCUCUCGUGUAGGGAAAGAAGGGCACGUGAGCUGAUAGUUGCUGUGUAUAUUUGAAUUUAAUGUGUGUGUCUACAAAUAAUGUAUUUUGUAUUUAUGCAAAUUAAUGCAUAAUAUAUGAUUGUGUAGGGAAAUAUUCAGGGGGACCCUAAAGUAUCCCUAAAAAGAAGAGGAACUGAUCUAAAGUUUGAGAACUGCUGAACUAGAUCGAAAGAAGUCAAUGCACAUACACUGGCUGAAAGGAAGGGUUAUGACAGGUAGAAUAAUAUGUGUAUUAUUUAACUGACCUUAAAGAGUCGGUUGAGAUAACAGAAGUUGUGCUUCAUUUUCCUUUAAUUAGACUAUUGUGUUCUUUCUAUUAAGAGACUUUCUACUGUUAUCUUCUAGAGAUCAACAUUGGAACCAUUGCUUUUAAUUACAACUGCUUGAGCUUUCUAAUAGCAGAUGUUAUUAAUAUUUUUAUCAACCACUGAAAACUCCAAGUUAGGACAACCCAUUGCUGUUACGUGCUAGUAAGUGGUGAGAGCCCUAAUCCAAAUGGCACCAAAGGCUUUUAAGAAUUAAUUGAUGUCUGGGUUUAUUUUGGAGGGAAGUUGCUAAGCACUUUCUACUUUGUUUUUCUCUGUCUUCAGUUACUGUUGUCAAAUAAACUUAAUUAAAGGUUCGAUGUUUGGCAAUGUUCAUUUGAAAGAUACUCAAAUGAUGAAGACAGGUUCCCAUCUGUAGCAUUUCUGUAAGAUACCCCGUGUAGUAUAUCUGUAACAUAUGUUCUAAAGAGUACGUUCUGUUUUGAUGAGCUAAUUGAAGACUAAAGAUAUCUUAGAUAUUUAUCCUUUGGCUUUUGUCUUAAAGUUUUAUUAUUUUUAUACAGAAAUUUCACUGGCUAACUUUUAACCUGUUUUCUGAUUGUACUGUUCUUGGGCAGUGUAAAAAGUAGGUGUACUUUCAUGUGAAUUGAUAAUGGCUUAAGGCAUAUUUAGAACUGUGGGCUUAUGUUGUGAGUCUUAUUUAGACCUACAGUUAAUCAGUGUUACGUGCAUGAGAAUUUCACGGUUGUUUUCAUUUUGUUUUAUGAGACAGCUUUCAGGAGAACCUCUAUGGCUAGUGUUUAUAUACAACUCUCACUAAUCACUGUCAGACGCCAGGAGCUUAGAGUGGACGUGCAUUUGUCAUGUCUGCUCUGGUUCUUCUGGUACACUACAUUUUCUGUGGUUUUGGAAGAGCCGCAGAUAGUGAGUUAUGCUUUAAAUAUUCACGAAUGCAGCAACUAAGAAUGUGGGCCUUACUCUUAUUGAAAGUUUUUUCUUCUUCAACUCUUUUUGUCAUUAACUUUCAAGUGUAGCUGAAGUCUAUUGCAGAAGCUUUUGAAUUCACUGAAAAAAGAUAUAUAACACUUGGAACAGUAUUCCCCCAGAACAAUCUUGCAUACUGGUCGUUUCUGUUUUGGUUCAGGUCAGUGAAGUUUUCCCAGGCUUAUGCUACUGUUUCCCUUGGCUUUCCUCACAGAUUAAACCAGACCCUCUUUCAAAAGAGGAAGUCUUGCUGAUUUUAGUUGAUGUUAGUUUUUUUUAAUGGUUGCUCCACUGGAUGUGUCUACCAGAAAUCCUUUCAUUUAGAUUUAUUUCAUAGGAUUUUGUAUUCUGCAUUCAGCUUGCUGCUGUUGUGGGCUAUAUCAGUAAUCCCUGCAAGAUUUCAAUUCCUGUAGAAAGGAAGGCAGGACACUGUAGGAUCUCAGCUUAAAAGGGAGAUGUGUUAGAUGGCUUUUUCCCUUCUUUUUUCUCCACUGGCUUCUAUCCUGCCUUACUCCUGAAGGCAAAGUGCAGCAUUAGCUCAGGGCAUCCUCUCACAGAGCACUGGGUUUAAUGGGACUGUUGAGAUUUCUUCCAACAGAGCUAUAGCUAUUACACUUGUCUCAGCUCCAGAGUUUAUUUGCAUUUUAAAGAAAUGCCCCUGAAUGAUCAAAAUGGGUGCGUAAUUAUAUUCCCCUAAAUGAUCUGGCUCUUAUCACUGAGUGUCCAUGCUUUACCUUAGAAGCAGCAAGGAAGCUAGGCCACUUGUUCAAAAUCAAGCCUUGUCGAUGGACUGCUGACUUCUCCCAGCCACUGCCUGCCUCACAUUUGGCAUAUUUGUAAGACUUUAUCAACUCAUUUAUACAGAAGGUAAAAAAAAAAAGCCAUCUUGUCAAAUUAAAUUAAGUUGGCAUGGAUCACCACGUUUGUGGAGUUUUAAACAGGCUAAAUUGUAAAUCCAUUACAUCCAUUAAUCUUUUUUAUUAUUAUUAUUUUAUUUUCCGGAAAUGAUAGAGGGUAAAACUUUUCCUGUUCUUGGAUCAGUAUACCUCAGGUUUCUGUCCUGCAAGCAUUCAUUUCCUCAUUUCUCUCCCGUGAAAGCAAUUCUUUCUUCUAGCUUCUUGACAAAUCACAAGUGAGAAUCCAGCCUUUUGGGUAGAGCAGAUGGAGUCCAUCAUAACCAUAGACAUGGCAGCAGGAAAAAAGAAACGUGUGAAAGUAUUUGAGCAGGUUUACAAUAGCUUUUGGAUCACUUCUUUAUCUUGAUCUUAGCUGUAAGGAAACGUUCAGGUGUAAAGCCAUUUUUUAACUGUAAUUGGAAUAGAAAUUCAUGUAGUGAGACUUCGCUAGCUGGUGUGUCACUAGCAAUAGUGCUGCCUAUUUCAGGCUGCUCUCGUCACAAUACCAGUGCAGAAACUUACAGAUUAAUAGUGUAAGAAAUUUCUUAUUCAUUGACAGAUGUAUAGCUCAAGCUGAUCAAAGAACUCAGUGACAGCUGUGCGGUGAGUCCUCAUUUUGCAAAUAAUUAGGCAUCCACGUAAUUUGUAACACGAGUAGUUCUCCUGAUGGCAUUGAGGCUAUUUGUGUUAAAAUUAAGCAUGUAUAUUAAAGCUUGCAGAGUUAUUUUCUCCUACCAAUUAUGGCAUAGAAAUUUUCUGUUAGUAUCUAUUUAGAUAAUACAUAGUUAUCUAACCAGACUUGUACUCACCAGUUCUUCUAGGCUACAGAUAAUAAUGACUGUUUGGGAUCCUUUUCUCUUUUUUUUUUUUUUUGAACUUUCACCAAACUUAGAGAUGCAGAGAACCUAACACUUUAAUGUAUUUUGUUGCAAGCACACAGCUUCUGUUGAAUGCUGAGUGGAAUAGGGAUGAACAGAGAUAAAAAUGCAUUAUUUCAAUGUGAAGUGUUAAUAAUGGCUCGUAGUGAAUACAUUUUGAAGUCACUCUUGCACAAUUAACUGUAGUUUCAGACAGGAAAUGUUAGGAUGAGAAAGCAAUUUAAAAUCAUUUAGUGCUUAGUUCACUUAAGCAAAGUCUCAAUUAAGUUCUUUUUAAAGGAAUUUGCCUUUGGUCAUGAGAAUUUAGUUAGGUUCUAAGGGGUCUGUGUAGCUACAUUCACUGGAUGGCUUUGAAAAUAGUGACAUUAAAAAAAGAAAGGUAAUUAUGAUAUAGACAAGUGCCUGCAGUGUAGAUGCUAUGUCCGAUUUCUCUUCCAAAAGCUGUCCCUAACGUAGUCCAAGAGCUAUAAUCAGAGACUGGGCCAUAGAUCAAAGCAAAACCAGAUAGGACACGUUACCUUGAUCCAUAUGAAUUGGGCUGAUUUACUUCUACCUUCUGCCUAACCGUGGAGGAGGAGCUCUAUCAUGCGCCAUUUCAUCUCCAUAUGGAUUUAGCACAUUUGAUACUUUUUGCCCUGUUGGGUCUCAGCUGUGUUGGCCGGAGCAUUUUGUGUUGUGCUUGUCUGCUGGAUCGUAUGGUCAGCGCUUCCACAAGUAUUCAAGGCCCCCAUUCUAAGCUGCUACAUAAGCUUGUGCAACCUCUGUGUUGUAACUCAUACACACCUGCUUAUUCACGUGGAGGUUGUACUUAUUUACUUCUCUCUCAUAGCUCAGUGGAAGGGAAAAAAAAAUCAAAGGUGUGAAUAUGCUUGUAAGAGAAGUUAUGUAGCAAGCUUAUGGUCUGGCUUUUGUCGGUGUUGAUCUAACACGGUUCUGGAAGUCAGUGUUGUUAGCAGAUUUCAAGUUAAAAAUGUUUAACUUCCAGCUUGUAUUAACUUCCUGCUAAAGUAUACAAAAUGGUCAUUUUACAAGUAAGGAUCUGGAAAAAUGUGAUCUGAAGAGAUGUUUCCAUCUAGAAGGAAUUAUAAUUCGAGCACAAACGUACAUUCAUAGAAUAAUGAUACUGCUUUGAAUGCAAUGCAUUUAAGAAGUAUUUUUAAUUAUGCGUAAAAGCACUGUUUUUACAUAGGGUUGUUGAGGGGCUUAUAGCACUGAUCGUAGGUACCAAAUAAGGGUGCCAAAUAAGGGUGCCCUAGCUGACGAUGGGAUUAAGCCAGAAGCACAAAUUCUCACUAAAUUCAGUGUUGAUUUUUAAGGGAUUCUGAUACGAGGAAAGUACGGAAGUUUCUCAUAAAGGGUUAAUACUUUCACCACUGUUACCACUAAUAUUAUAUAAUUCUAUAAGAAUUAAAGGACUGUAAAAUGUAUGCAUGGUAUAAGGUCAUUAUUUGCUGGCACAGCACGAGUAGUAACCUAGAGGUUAGUGAUUGUCUGUAGUUUGGAUUAUUUCAGAUUUUACUACCUUCCUAACAUAGCUUCUCCUCUUGCAGUCUUGCAGUGAAACUGUAAUCCUGUUCUACAAAAUAAUGGUUUAUGGUUUUAUUGCUGUACUCAAGGCUCAGUGUUACGACUUCCCAGAAGCACCAGGUAAAAGAAAAUACACAUAGAGAGGAAAAGUCUGUUAGGAGGAUAAUAGAAUAAAGAUCACAACUGGAUCAGAUAUCUCCAUCCAUAAGAAGUCACAGAUUAAAAUGGGCUUAAAAUGAGCUACUAUUAAUAUAUCUUAAAAUAGUUACACAUUGGUAGGCUAAGAUGCCACAGUUGGAUGCUAUGUUGAGACCUGUAGUGCUGCUAUCACCUAUUUGGUGGCUGUGAUGACAGCCAACAGGCUGAUCCUCUUUGGCACUUUUUCCCAAAAAGUAUGAAAGAAAGAGUUUGAUUGUAACACAGGGAUGUAACAUCAGUAUAUUAAUAUUUGAUUUGCCUGCAUGUUGUGGCUUCCCUUUAAAAUUAGGAUUUAAAAAGAAAACUUAAAUUGUCUUUAGAAGCAGUGCAGCAACUAUGGGAAUUCUGCUGUGUCGGAACAGAUGGGGAUGGGUAAACUUUAAUUACAGGUUGAGAAUGUGAACCACAGCGAUAAAUACAGCUGUACCUUACCCAGCUUCUUGCAGUUCCAGUUCUGUGUGCAUCAGUGAAUCAGAAGGGUGAGACUAACCGCACCAAAAGAAGCAUCUGAAUUGUGUCUUCCUGAAAAUAACUUUGGCUUCAUCCGAUGUUAAGUGAAUUUAAAAUUAGCUAUUUUCCCUUGCCUGCCAAAUCUGUAUGCAUUAGUUAUUUCAUGAUCUUCUGAAAUGCCUGGUGCAUUACUGCCUGAGAUACUUGCUGGUUUUUAAAUGGAAUUAGGUUUUGUAAAUCUUUUGUCAACCCCAUUUCAGUGGGUGUCCAGUUUAUAUAUAACCUGAGGAAAUGCUGUGUCCAAAAAUAUGUUUAGACAUAUUUUGUCCUAUAACAUCUCAAGCACUAAAUAACAGCAAUUGGAAACUAGGUGCAGGGAGUGAUUGCUUAAGGUUGUUUUUCAAGGUUAACAUUAUACAUGCUUUCCUACUUUUAAUGUGGAAAUAAAAUUUCCUCCCAUACGGUAUCCAGCAUAAAGGAUGAAACAAUUCGUGGUGCCAAACACUUCAAACUAUGUUGCUGAACAUUGCUGCCUCUUAUUACACUACUUUUAAAAUUCAGUUGUCGAUCCUUUACUGUCAUUUUGAUGGCCUUUUUAACAGAUUUUCCAGAAACCAUUUUCUGCUGCUUUAACAAUGCUGUCCUUUUGGUUUCAUUUCUGAACGUUGUCACUGAAACCUCAAAGAAAUAUACCACCCACUGUGGGUCAAAGAAGCACUAUGUGGGGUGAAGUAAUAAAUCGGAGUAAUUGGACGUUGAUAUAUUGCAGAAAUGUAAGAUUAAUAUAUGGUACGUGAUUGUAAAUUCUUAUCAUGGAGUGAUAUACUGGAAUAUUCUUUUAUAAGAAAUUUUAGCACAUGGAUCACUAAAUUCUGCAAUUAAGACGUGUGUCUAUAAUUGAUAUAUAGUAUUGUAAAUGAUAACCCAAAAAUUAAAUUUUACAGUUGAAGAGCACAGUGAAUAUGUAAAAAUACGAUCUUCACUUUGUGAAUCAUUUUUUUUAAAAAGCACUUUCCUAUUACCAACUAGCAUGUGAAUGAAUUUUAGAUUCUCUCAUUUGUUAUGAAUCCGUAGAAGUGAGAUUACUUUAAUCUGUCUGUUAAUGGAUAAAUUGAUUAUACAAAUGCUGAAACAAAGCACCUUAUACUAUGCUGCUUAAACUUGCUUGUAAUUGCACCUUUUGUUACCUGCAGAUUUUUCUUAAUGAGUAUUCUUGUGUGAUUUCAUUGUUCCCUGUGGGUCUGAGUGAAUGAUUAACCAACCAACCUGCAGUGUCAUUUACUUCUAUAGUUUCUAUUUCAAUAUAAUAUUGUACUGUGAGUUCAGUGCUUCAGAAAUAAAUGCUACUUCCAUUUGUCUG